CAAACAUUUCGCUAACCAGAAACACUGCUUCUUAUCCCUUGCGACUCUUCUUUACCAAAAUGACUGCGGCAACUCACUACAAACCCGAGGUGUACAGCAAGUCGGGUGAAAUCAGCCAACACGAGCGUGGCGUGCAGGCGCAGUACGAUACGGCAGAAAAGCGGGCCUUUUACGCCCAAGUCAUGGGUGACGGCACGUCCAACAUUCACUUUGGCAAGUGGGAUGACGACAUUGACGUCACACAAGAAGGGGCUUACGGCAAAGCCAGUGACGCCAUGACGGAUUACAUGUUCGCACUGGCGACUGAUUUGUUGGCACGGAACUCGUCGACUCUGUCGUACGUUGAUUUGGGCAGCGGAACCGGCGGCGCCGCCAUUCGCCUUUUGUCCGCGCACCCUUCCCUCACCGCUACCUGCCUCAAUUUGUGCGAGGCGCAGAACGCCACGGCUCAGCAAGACGCUGUCGCGGCGGGCGUAGCGGACCGUUUCACCGUUCGCACCGGGUCCUACGAUCAAGCCCAAGCCUUGUUGCUGCCCGAGAACAACAAACAGCCGGGACUCUUUGACGUUUGCUUCUCGCAAGACGCCUUUGUUCAUUCGUUUUCCAAAGUACGCACCUACGAGCAGGCCUUGGCCGUCACCAAACCCGGUGGAGUCUUUGUCUUUUGCGAUCUCAUGUGUGGAGACGGACCGGACGUUUCGGAAGACGAACUCGCGACCUUCGCCGCCACCAACAUGGUCAACGACUGGCUGAGUCCUGCGCAAAAUGUCAAGGCGUGCGAACAGGCGGGAUGGCAAGAUGUGGUCUUUAUUGAUAUGACGGUCGAUAUCAAAAAGUCUUUUCAACUCAUGGGACAAAAGGUAACCCGCUUGAUCGAAUCCGGAGCCGCCAAAGACAUUGACCCCGUUUUGCUGGACACGUACCGACAAAAUCUGGCCGCUCGGGUGGGACAAGUUGAUCGUGGUGUCUUUUCCUGGGGUGUCAUUCACGCUCGCAAGGCCGAGUGA